AUGGCGGAUGUGGCAGAACAAGCGAAAAGGAACAACGAGACCUUUAGGCUCUCCGAAUUGUACAAUGUCCGAGGCAAAGUUGCCCUGGUCACGGGUGCGGGCACCGGGAUCGGGCUGAUGCACGCGCAGGCGCUCGCGGUCAACGGGGCCAAAGUCUACAUUGUUGGGCGGUCGCAGGACAAACUGGAUCGGGUGGCGGAGCUGUACGGGAAAGACAUCCCGGGGCAGAUCAUUCCUAUCACGGCCGAUAUCACAAGCAAAGAGUCCAUCAGACAGCUGGCGGACGAGAUAGCGUCCCGCGAGGACCAUCUCUCGAUCCUGGUCAACAAUGCCGGUAUUGCGGGCCAGUCGCAGAGCGUUGGUCAUCAAGACCCGAAUGAAAUGCGCAAGAGCCUCUUUGACAGCGAGAAUUCGACUAUCGAGGACUGGGAAGCUAGCUACCGCACCAACGUGUGUCAGCUCUAUUUCAUGACGACCGCCUUCCUGCCUCUACUUCAGAAGGGCACCGAGAAGGAAUACGGCUGGAGCAGCACGGUGAUCAACACCAGCUCCAUCUCGGGCAUUAUCAAGUCCUCGCAAGACCAUUUCGCCUACAACACCUCCAAGGCGGCGGCAAUCCAUCUGACCAAGAUGCUGGCGUAUGAAAUCUCCGCAGCCAAGAUCAAGAUCCGUAUCAACAGCAUUGCCCCUGGUGUCUUUCCCAGCGAGAUGACGGCCAUGGAGAGUAACGAGCGGCAGAAAAGUACGCUCCAAAAAGAUAUGAUGAAAGACAUGGUGCCGGCCCAGCGGCCGGGUCAUGAUCGAGACAUGGCCAGCGCCCUAAUCUUUGUGGCAACGAAUCAGUAUCUCAAUGGACAGAUAGUAUCUGUGGAUGGAGGGUAUACUUUGGCUUUCGGGACAGUUUAA